CAAGCGGCGGCCGCCGGGCACGUAACUUGCGCAUUGUUCCGGGCGUAAGUGAGGUUGGUGCAUUGUGCGUUCCGCAGAAGAGCGCGGCGGCGGCGGCGCUGCUGCUGCUGCUGAGGGGAGAAGAAAACCGCCGCCGUCGCCAUGGAAGGGAAGCCUGGCGAGCAGCCGCUGUGCGACAGCCUCAUUCUCUGGUUACAAACAUUUAAUACUGCUGAAUCCUGUAAAGAUGUUCAGGACUUAACUAAUGGUGUUGCCAUGGCACAAGUACUUCAUGAAAUUGAUGCUGCUUGGUUUGACAAAGUUUGGCUAAGCCGUAUUAAAGAAGAUGUUGGUGACAACUGGAGAAUAAAGGCCAGCAAUUUGAAGAAGGUUCUUCAAGGAAUUACAGAUUAUUAUCAUGAGUUUUUAGGUCAGCAGAUUUCAGAAGAUCUCCUUCCUGAUUUAAGCCAGAUAUCUGAACAUUCUGAUCCAGUAGAGCUGGGCAGGUUACUGCAGCUUAUUUUAGGCUGUGCGGUCAACUGCGAAAAGAAACAAGAGCAUAUACAAGUUAUAAUGACACUAGAGGAGUCUGUCCAACACGUUGUUAUGGCUGCUAUUCAAGAGUUGAUGAGCAAAGAAAUAGUGGGCUUUGUAAGUGAGUUGCCUGGCGAUCUGGAGCAACAGCUGAAAAGAACAUUGGAAGAACUCAAUGAAGUACUAGCAGAAAAAGAAGAGCUGAAACAAAGAUGCCAAGAACUAGACCUACAGGUGGCUGCCCUUCAAGAAGAAAAGAGCAGUUUGAUGUCUGAAAAUGAGAUUAUGAAUGACAGAUUGGACCAGCUGGAUGGUUCUCUUGAUGAUACAAAUACUGCAGUUGCAAAGAAGUAUUUCAAUGCACAAAUGCAACUAGAGCAACUACAGGAAGAAAAUUUCAGGCUUGAAACUGCAAAAGAUGAUUAUCGUGUUCAUUGUGAAGAACUUGAGAAACAACUGGUUGAGCUUCAGCAUCGGAAUGAUGAACUGACCUCUCUGGCAGAAGAAUCAAGGGCUCUAAAAGAUGAGAUUGAUGUUCUUAGGACGCUUGCUGACAAGACAAACAAGCUGGAGUCAACCGUUGAGGUUUACCGCAAAAAACUGGAGGACCUGAAUGACUUUCGCAGACAGGUGAAAUCGCUUCAGGAAACAAAUAUGAUGUAUAUGCACAAUACCGUUAGCCUAGAGGAAGAGCUGAAGAAAGCCAACGCAGCCCGUGCACAGCUAGAAACUUACAAAAGGCAGGUCCAAGAACUUCAUAACAAACUUUCUGAAGAAUCCAAAAGAGCUGAUACACUAGCAUUUGAACAGAAGCGACUGGAAGAGAAGCAUGAUGCGUUAAUUAAAGAGAAAGAGAGAUUGAUAGUUCAGCGUGAUGCACUGAAAGAGACAAAUGAAGAGCUCAGGUGUUCACAGAUGCAGCAGGAUCACCUGAACCAAACGGAUGCAUCUGCUGUGAAAAGUUACGAAAAUCUUGCUGCUGAAAUUCUGCCUGUGGAAUAUAGAGAAAUGUUCAUCCGGCUGCAGCAUGAAAACAAGAUGCUCCACUUGCAACAAGAGGGAUCAGAAAAUGAACAAAUUGUGGAGCUUCAAGAGAAGCUAGAACAAAAGCAUCGAACAAUAAAUGAAUUAGAGACUGAAAACAGGCUGAGCAAGGAGCGGGUUGGAGAGCUGCAGCAGCAGAUUGAGGACCUCCAGAAGACCUUGCAGGAACAAGAAUCCAAGACUGAAGGGGAAGGGUCCAGCAAGCUGAAGCAGAAGAUAGCAGCACAUAUGGAAAAAUUGAGUGAAGUCCAUGAUGAAUUGCAGAAGAAGGAGGCGCUUCUUGCAGACCUGCAGCCAGAUCUAAAUCAAAAUGCACAAAAAAUUGAAGAACUGGAAGCAGCUCUGCAUAAGAAAGAUGAAGAUAUGAAAUCGAUGGAGGAGAGGUAUAAAAUGUACCUGGAAAAAGCAAGAAGCGUGAUAAAAACGUUGGACCCCAAAUUAAAUCCUGCAUCUGCUGAAAUCAUGUUGCUGAGGAAACAGCUGACAGAGAAAGAUAAAAGAAUUGAAGCACUUGAGGGAGAAUGUAAAUUGGCCAGGCUACAUGACCAUGAAGAAAAGUUAAUUGUGUCUGCAUGGUACAACAAGAGCUUAGCAUUUCAUAAACUGGGCAUGGAAUCUAGACUCCUAAGUGGGAAUGCUGCCUACAAAGACGCUGGUCCCUGCACACCCGGGCGCUCUUUCCUUGCACAGCAACGGCACGUGACCAAUACCCGAAGGAAUCUUUCUGUUAAAGUACCACCUGCAACAUCAGAUUAAACCACAGAGGAUAUUCGUGCACUAAAGUGUCCUUAACUUAUUUUGUAACUUUUGUUUUUAACUACCUGACGAAGAGCGUGAUUGUGAUGCUGGGCAUCAGCUAUUUUACAUCUGAGACCCAUAAGGCUGGUAAAUUUGAUUUGGCCAGCGAUGACUAUAAAAAGCAACAUAUGUCAAAUUACUUUUCUUGAUUUUAAACAGAUCUGAGGUAUGUGUCGAUAAGCACAGCUCAAAAGGCGUUUUAUUUGUCUUCAUAAUGUAUAUAUAAAUACAAAAAAUGGCAUCCUAUUUAAAAUUCUAUUUAAUGUUUUAGUCUAGGAUGUGUACUGAUUUUAGUGGGAGUACAUUUUUAUGACUGUCAUCUGCACAAAGAAAAGUAAUCCUCCCCCCCCCACCCCGGACCUUCUGCUACAUUACAAAAAUAACAAGGACCAAAUUAGAAAAUCCAUCAUUAUUUUUCAGCAUUCAUGGCAUGAGGGAUUUUUGACUGCAAGCAAAUUGUAACCAAAAUGAUUUACUAAUUUCAGGACUUUCCACCUAAUGCUGCAGUUCUGCUGAAGUCCAUUCAAGCUUUAUUGAACUCCCAUUCAGUUUUGUAAUAACUACUGGGGCUGCAGUCCAAACACCCUUGGGGGGGGUUGGAGGGGGGAGCUAGGAGUGUUGUCAGUGGGGUCACUGGCUGAUAGAAAACCCUGAAAAAGAGUGUUGUGGGGGAGGAGCUGAGCUAGCUGGCCUGUAAGGAACUGGAAUCCAAGCCAGCCACUUCCUUGAUGUGACAUCAUUGGGCCUGGUGAGGACUUAAUCACUUCACCAGCCUCAAGCUGAGACAGCUCUUUGCCUGCUGGGCUAUAGAUAUAACAAUGGGACUCCUACUCCAUUAGGUUCUGCCGCCCCAUGGCUAGGGUUUGGACUGCAGCAUUAAAUCACCAUUUUAUGUAAUGAAAAGGAUUCAGGAAAGACAAAAUGUCUAUGUAUUUGCACUCAACUAGUGAUGUCUUUAUUUUUAAAAAACGUAAAAUUACAGCCUUUUUAAAUGUUGCAAAAUUAACCUUGACUGAAGUCUCCUUAGUAGGUUUUGAGCCCAGACUACUGAGUGGUGUGUGUUUUUGUCUCUGCUGUGUAAUGUCCUGCUCGUGCAGGGAUGCAGUGUGUUCGGCUGUGGCAUAGUGAGAGGAAGGUUCUGAUCCUAUGCUGCUCCUGAGGAUUGGCUGCAGAUGCCCCAGACACUUGUGUGUCUAGCCCUCCAUUGUGGUACAGCUAGGUACUGGGUUGAGCUCCAAGGGAGUAACUUGAUGGCAUUAGGUAGACAUCAUUUGUUGCUGUAUCUUUUGCAGAAUAAGAGCUUGAAGUCUAUUCCAGAGAACGGUGAGUCGCUGGAGUAUGUUACCUAGUAAGAAGCUGCUAGGGUUGCUUUUAAAGCCUUCCAAAAUGCUAUUAACAUUUAAAAACUAUCAUUAUCAGGUCAGAGAACAAAAGCAGUAGGGAAGAUUCUCACAGUUGUUUGUGUGUGCUGUUUACUUUGUGCAUCUGAUGAAGUAGACCAUUGAACUUUGUGCUGCAAUUAGCCAUUUUGGAAUUUUAAAAAUUGAGGCACAUUAUUAUUUAGGCCGAUAGCAGUAAUUCCAGACACAAAGAGCAGACUUAAGUGCAUGUUCACAGGGUGGAAUGCAUGGUUAUUUUUUAAGGUGGACUCUGUGUUUAAAAAGUUACUUGCACAUGGGCCAGAAUUAUGUUUAUAAAAUGUAAUGCAGCCUUGAACAUUACUGCAAAUAAAAUGAAGUCUGUAAUCUGAGUUGCAGGGUUUUUUGGUGGGGUGAGGACUAACAUAAUCAAUAACUGCAGCUUAGACUUUAAAUUUUUUAGCAUUUUAUUAAAACUGGCCUAAAAUAUCUGAUGAUGUGACUACAGUAUUACAUGCAUUUGUGUAGAAACUGAUACUACAGAUGUCUAACAAUUCUGUCUUUUAAUGACGUGCUAUACUUAAUACCAGCACUGUAAAGUUAUAGUGUGCUACUGUCUGAGCCUUCAGUCUUUCAAGCUGUUUUUCAAGAUUUCAUGUCUGUUGACUACCUCCUUGGUAUUAAGCUCUUACUGUUCUGUUCAACCUGCUGACUUGUGUUUUUGGUAGCUUUUUCCCUGGUCUGAAUUUGUAGGGAGAAAUGGUGAAUACAAAUUUUGUAGCAUGUUGCUUAAUGUUUUGAUACUAUACUAUAUUCUUGUAAUCAAAUAUGGUCGCAGUGAGUAGUCUCCACAGAUAACAAUUCACAAACAUAGGAUGCUUUUCUUCAGUGGCUUUAAUUUAUAGUGUGUUCUGUAUGACAACUACUGCUAGUACAGGAACGUCAACAUCAAGGCCCCAAUCCAGCUCAAGUUAGUAACAACUAAAGCUGCAGUCCAAGCGCCAUUCCAAGUGGGCAUAGUUUAGAUUGUGCUGUACAUUCUGUUGUACGCAGUGAAUUUAAAAAAAAAAAAAGUAGCCAGGACUAAUUUCUAUGGGACUUGGUGUCAGCUAACUUGAGCAGCUGAGUUGGAUGCUAGCUGAUGCAACUCUGCUGCAUAUAUGUCUUGGUACUGUCUACCUCCAUGUCAAAGAGCCAGAAAAAUAUGGCUGUACAUUAUCUUAAAUUACUUUUCUGUGGUAGUUUGGCAUUGCUCUAUUACAGUGAUGGCCAAACUUAGCCCUCCAGCUGUUUUGGGACUACAACUCCUAUCACCCCUAGCUAACAGGACCAGUGAUCAGGGAUGGUGGGAAUUGUAGUCCCAAAAUAGCUGGAGGGCCAAGUUUGACCAUCACUGCUCUAUUAGAUGGAAGAGAAUGAUGGUGGUAACAUUAUUUUUAAUUACAAAUUCCAUGGGUUGAAGCCAGUCAUGUCCCCUGGCUGAUGGAAGGGCCUUUGAUCUUGUGAAAGCUCCUAUGAGUACAUGGGAGCAGAAGUUUAUUUCCACAUAUUCCUCCUUCAGUCCCCUAUGCCACUUUCAAGUACUAGUCCAAAGGACCUCCCAAUCCUCUGGAGGGAUUGCAGAAGGAAGAGGGGAAUCUUAAGUCUCAUCCGCCCUCACUUUCUGCUCACAGUCUACUGGAUUAAAGUGUUCUGUCAGCAGAGGGCCACAUCCCAUGUAAUCUUAGAAAGUUUGAGCUCUUUAAUGAACUAAGAGAGAAAGUAGAUAUGUGAGUGAAUUCAAUAACAUAUCUAUGGAAGAACUCAAUGGGGAGGUUUUUGGCAGAGAAGCAUAUUUACUGCCAUGUGUUCUUUUUAGUCCCAACUUGUUUAAGAAAAUGUUACUACUUACCAUUUUGCAGCCAUCCUUCAGAAUGCUGAACUUCACAAGGAUUAAUCUAAAAGGAGAGAGAGAGAUAUUUUUCAGCUAUCCUUGUAGAAUUGUUGCUAAAUUGUGCCCAUUGCCACCUAUGUGACCUGACCAUUCACAGGCUAUAUACACAGCUCCUAGGCUUGGCUGUUUGGCCAGAGGAAAUGUGUGGGCAACCCCUUUAUGUGCAUAUUUUCAUGCUACUGGAUUGCACUGAGUGUCCAUGGAGGCAUAGCAGCUCAAUCAUUGCACAGGUAAACUUGUGAAUCUGCAGCCAUAGCAAUUUUAUGUAGUAAUUGUGUGCAACUGAAUUUGUGGUGGACUACUUGGUGUUUAGUUUCUAAACUUAAACUACCUCCUUUGAGUAAUAAAAUUCAGCUAUUUGAUCACCAGCAAUUGAAUUCAGAAUUUUGAUUCUCCUGGUUUUAUUUAACUAUGAAUUGAGUUAGUCUCUCUUGUGUUUUGCUUGCAGUGCAAUACUAUACAUGUCUACUCAGAAGUAAGCCCCACUGAGUUCAAUGGUACUUACUCUCGUGUAAGUAUGUAUAGGAUUGCAGCCUUAGUGUGGAAUAUUUCUUUGAUAUGAACAUAAUGCAAAGGAGUUACUUAUCUGUGUUAAGUCCUUAAAAUGUGCUGUGCUUAGAUGGGAUGAAAAUGUUGAUGCAUACACACUAUGUCUGAAAAAGCAGUCUCUCUAAUAAACUAAUAUUAAUUGAUGUCAGAUGCAGACUUACUUGAGCUGAUGGAGACCUGCAAUCACCCUUCAUCUGUAAUUCUUCAUUAAUUAAAAAUGUAGCAUAGAAACUGGUUCACCAAGUGUUGGUCCCGCAAAACCUUGCAGUCAUAUUUUAAUCAGGUUUGGGCUGCAAUUACUGCUUAGUAAGUUGUAUAGUGUUUGGCAACCAUUGACAAAACCUAUCACUACUCCCACACAAUCUCCAUUCCUUUCAGUGGGGAUUGUGUAAAAACCUCAAGUGGUGCUUAAACACUUUGUUCCCUGUAUUGAUUGCAUGUUUAUUUUCAUUAGAGUAAAAGCACUUUGUUUGUAUAACAAUUUAUGAAUUGACACUAUGGCUAAUUAUGGGAUAUGUGAUUUCACCAACUUUUAAAAAUCAUGCAUACAUUUAGACAAGUUUCUGUAAGAACGCGACCAGACUAAAACAUGCAGUAGAAUUAAUGAAAAGUUUUAGUUCAAUACUGCUUUUACUUUAUAUUAAUAAAAAGUGUUCUUUUCUACAAUAACCAUUUGCUUGGAUUCACAUAAUUGUAAGCAAUACCAAUGUUUUUUCUUCAGUAAGGAUAAAUAGGCCUGACUUCAGGUUUUCUCAUAGACUUGCCGGGGUCUAAUCUAUUUGACGUGUACAAGUCUGAUCCUGUGCAAAGCAAAUGGGCUGUAUAGAAAUAGAGGAAGAAAUUGCACUAAUUUGUAAACAUGGUUUUACUCUUGAUUCAAGAAAUAUUCUUUUAUAUUCACAUUAAAACCUUUUGACAUUAA